AUGCCUGCAAGUGUUGAGCACUCGGACACUGACGAUUCGGCAAGCGUCACGUCACAGCCCAAGAAGGGCUGGAGCCUGUCGGCUGAACGCAAACUGGUGCUCAAGCUCGAUGCUUCGCUCCUCAUUUUCUCGGUCCUCGGACUGAUUUGUCGCUACAUCGACCAAACCAACAUGAGCACUGCUUUCGUCAGUGGAAUGAAAGAGGACCUGGGCAUGUACGGCUUGCAAUACAACUAUGCCAACACAUGCUGGGUGGUUGGCUACGUGAUUGGGCAAAUCCCCGGCAACAUUCUUCUCAACCGCUUCUCUCCUCAUUAUGUUGUGUUCAUCCUGGAGUUUGGCUGGUCCAUCAUGACGCUCUGCACUACCUGGGUCACAACUUACCAACAAAUCUACGUUAUUCGCUUUUUUGUCGGACUUUUCGAGUCGGCAUACUAUCCAGGUCUCCACUUCCUAAUCGGCUCCUGGUAUUCAAAGGAGGAACUUGGCAAGCGGGCCAGUUUGUUCCAGGCCGCAUGUGCGAUUGGUACUCUCCUCUCCCAAGUUCUCCAAGGCGGCGUCCACACGACCCUCAACGGCGUCGCAGGUCGCCCCGGUUGGCGUUGGAUCUUUAUCAUUGACGCCGUCAUUUCGUUCCCAGUCGCCAUCGGGGCUUUCCUCAUGCUUCCUGACUUGCCUGAAAAGAUUCGUCCGAACUGGAUUUUCAACCAGGACGAUAUCGAUCUCGCGCGCGCAAGGCUCGCUGCUGAAGGUCGAAAGGGUACAUCAAAGGAUGGAUUUAGUCGCAAAGCGUUCACGGAAAUCUUCUCAACGUGGCAUAUUUGGGUGUUCACAAUCUGCUACUCGCUUUACAUCUUCAUGCAGAAAUUCGACGUCACCGGUGUACACCGUUCAGCAGAUCAACUAAUCGCAUCCAGUUUCUUCCUCGGCUGGGUGGACGACACGUUCCUCAAGCAGCGUCGCUGGCCCUUGAUCGUCGCCACGAGUGCAAUCCACAUCAUCGCCCUCUAUUACCUGACUGGAAUGAUUGAGGUCGGUGCAGGGUUGACCUAUGCCUGGGCUGCCUCCGUGAUCAGCACUUCAUCUGAGAAGAGAGCCAUUGUUACUGGCACGUACAAUUCAGUCGCAUUUUCUUUCAAUGCGUGGUUACCUCUCAUCUUUUUCAAGCAGACAGACCAGCCCGCGGUCUUCAAGGGUAACGUGGCGGUCUCUGUUGCCUCUGGCUUGCUCAUCGUCUUCAUUUUCCUCAUCUUGUAUCUUUCGAAGCGCGAUGAGCGCAGGGCAAGGUUGGCGCAGGGAGACGAGAGUGUUUCGACAACCGCUGUUCAAUAUUAUCCCCAGGCCACAAAAGCCGAUAGCUUCGAGGUGGAGACGGGAAAGCUGUGA